AUGCUUAAAUUGAUUAUUAACCUUAUGGGAAAUACUUUUGAUAAAUUCCAAGAAGGCAAAGUAAUAGCUGAUAGCUUAGAACUAAUAGAAAUGCUAAUUGAAUGAGAAACUUUAUUAAUAUGACGACGAAAUUAUGGCACCAAGCAUUAUAUUCAAAUUUGCAUAGAAGAGAAAUAUUUAGGAGUAAAAAGAAGCCCAGCUCUAAAGAAAAUUGGAGCCAUGAAAAAACAAUUGAUUAAUAUACAGCAAUAUAUUGACAAAUGUAGUGAUGAAGAAAACCAAAAAUUGACUGAAAUUUUUGAUACAUUAAAAAUAAGUUAA